AUGGCCUUUAUCAAAGGGAGACAGAUUAUGGACGCCAUUCUCAUUGCCAACGAGUGUAUAGAUGCAAGGAUAGGAAGUAAGAAACCAGGGAUAUUGUGCAAACUUGACAUUCAGAAGACCUUUGAUCAUUUGAAUUGGAACUUCUUACUUGGGCUCUUAGUGAAGAUGGGUUUUGGAGACAGAUGGGUCAACUGGAUCAAGUUUUUCAUAAGUACGGUAAGAUUUUCUAUCCUAGUAAAUGGCUCACCAGUUGGCUUCUUUCCAUCACAGAGAGGGCUGAGGCAGGGAGAUCCUCUCUCCGCCUUCCUUUUUAUCAUAGGCAUGGAAGGCCUUAAUGACAUGUUGAAAAUUGCUCAAAUCAACAAUUGGAUCAAGGGUUUCAACAUAUCUUACAAGGCAGCCAGCAACCUAGAAAUCACACACCUCCAAUAUGCAGAUGACACACUGGUGUUCUGUGAUGCUGACAGAGAACAACUGAGGAUGAUGAGGGUGAUAUUCGUUCUAUUUGAAGCUAUUUCUGGGUUGCACAUUAACUGGAGCAAAAGCCAAUUAUAUCCAGUUAAUGAGGUAAAUGGACUCCAAAACCUGGCUAACAUUCUUGGAGGAAAGAUAGGGGAACUACCGACUAUAUAUUUAGGCAUGACUCGAGGAGCUAAGAGCAAGUCCAAAGGGAUUUGGAAUGAUGUAUUGGAGAAAUGUGAAAAGAAACUGGUUAACUAG